AUGUGCUCUACGGGGCACUUGCUUCAAUACUUACUGUCAUACACGCACAAUCUUCAAAAGUUUAUCUCUGAAAAAUUCCCAUAUAAUUCGGGUUGUAAUAAUCCUCUUUCAAAUUCAAGAGUUUUCUUCACCGUUGACAUCAAUUCUGACUUCAAGAUUCAGAUAAGCUUUCUCAGGGAUCAGGGCACGUGGUCACACCAUUCUCCUAAUUUGCUCCCAAACUUCUCAAAUAUAACCGAGAAUCCUAUAUGCUGUUUUGGCAAUCAUUCAAUGGGGGCUUCAAAUUCUAGAUUGGAAGAAGACAAGGGCCUACAGCUUUGUCGGGAGCGAAAGAAAUUAAUCAAACAAGCACUUAAUGGCAGGUGUUCUCUAGCAGCUGCUCAUAUUGCUUAUAUAGAAGAAUUGAAAAUCAUAGGUACUGCUUUGAGGAGAUUCAUUGAACCUGAUUCUCAAGUUGAACCUUCCAUCCAUAUUUCAACAAGUGCAACGCCGGAGCCACAUGCAUUGAUUGAGAGGUCUAUCUCCCAGUUUUCACUUUCCUCUCGGUCUCUGUCCCAACAUGUGGACACCACUGUGAAUAAAUCACCAUCUCCCUCACCUCCGAUCACAAGUCGACACCAGGCUCAUCAUAUGAAAUUCAGAGGUACAUUUUCCAAGAAAGUUGAAGAAAAGCCUUCUGUGCCCAUCACGUUAUCAGUUGCUUCAACUACUCCUCUGAGCACUACUCCUCGUUCCACCGAAGGACCUGAAGCAUCAUCAUUUGAAACACCUUCCAUCCCGUCAGAAACUCCACCAUGGGAUUAUUUUGGUCUUUUUCAUCCAAUUGACGAUAAUUUUUCUUCACAAGAAGGCGGGGGAUUUGAUCAGGGUUCAGAGUACUUUGGUGAGAUUAGAGAGCUUAGAGAGGAGGAGGGAGUUCCUGAAUUGGAAGAUGUAGAAGAGAAGGUUUCCUCACCUGGAAGGGUAGAAUCUCAUGAAUCAGAAGAUGAAUUUGAUGAACCUUCUACGGAAACACUUGUUCGAAGUUUUGAAAAUGUGAACAGGGCAACAGAAAUUUUUGUCAAUAAUGAUGUACCCAUUAUGCUCUCAGGCACUGUAGUAUCAGAAACCAAGUUUGGGAGUGAACAAGUUAACGUGGCUAAAGAAAAUGUAAUGAACGGUGAUUCACCUAUUAUGUCCACAGAGAGUGCAGUAUCUGAAACCAAGUUUUCGAAUGUGAAGAAAAACAACUCUCCUUAUUUAUCACCAUUAAGAGCCACAUCUUCGAGAUUUCUGCAUCUGAAUGAUGUGAAGAUAACGCCAAUGAAAGAAACCGAGGUAGAAGAUACAUCAGCACCUAAGGACUUCUUUGCAAGCAUGAAAGAUAUUGAGCAUUUGUUUGACAAGGCAUCUGAAUCUGGAAAAGAAGUUCCCCGGAUGCUUGAAGCAAACAAAUUCCAUUUCCGUCCAAUUUUCCCAGGGAAAGAGCGUGGAUCGAUGACCUCAGCAUUACUGAAAUCAUGUUUAUCUUGUGGGGAUGAUCCAAGUGAGGUCAAGGAAGAGCCUCCUCAAACUUCUGUUAAGUAUUUAACUUGGCACCGGACCGUGUCAUCUCGUUCGGCUUCGUCUAGGAGUCUUCUAGGCGUGAGCUCUGUAGAUGAUGGUGACAAUGUUACUAAUAAUCUCUUUGACAACUUCUGUAUGGUCUCUGGAAGUCAUGCCUCAACCUUGGAUAGGCUGUAUGUGUGGGAGAAGAAGCUUUAUGAUGAAGUUAAGGCUGCUCAGGUGCUUAGAAGUAAUUUUGAUCAGAAGUGUAAAGUGCUUAGACAGCAAGAAUCACAAGAAAUGAAAACUGACAAAACACGUGCUGUAGUCAAGGAUCUACACUCGAGAAUUAGAGUUGCAAUUCAUAGAAUUGACUCAAUAUCAAAGAAAAUAGAAGAAAUUAGAGAUACGGAGCUUCAGCCACAACUUGAAGAGUUAAUUGAUGGACUGAGGAGAAUGUGGAACAUGAUGCUUGAAUGCCACAAGCUUCAAUUUCACAUCAUAUCAGUAUCUCAUGCCCCUCGAAGCACAAAGAUUGCAGUACAGUUGGAUUCCCGUAAACAGAUUACCAUUUAUCUCGAAAACGAACUGAACUCUCUAAUGCUGAGCUUCACAAAAUGGAUUGGUGCCCAGAAAAUAUACGUGGAAUAUAUAGAUAAGUGGCUUUUCAAGUGCGUUUAUCUUUCACAGAACAAGUCAAAAAGGAAUAAAAGGAUGAGGCCCCCACCUAUAAGAAACUGUGGCCCGCCCAUAUAUAUUAUGUGUGGUACCUGGUUGGAGAUGAUCGACAAAUUGCCCUCACUAGAAGUCGUGGAAUCUAUCAAGCACUUGGCAGCUGAAGUUGCUCACUUUUUACCGCAUCAAGAGAAAAACCAAAGGAAGGGUGCGAAUCACUCUCAUUUGAGUGCCUUGCAAGUUGGAACCAAUGAUGACAAUUCAGUUAUUAAUAUGUUGAGAGACGAAGCUUCAGAGGAUUGGAUAACGGGUUAUGAUCGUUUUCGGUUCUCCGCCCUGAUGCCGACGUCAAAUUCCGGUGACGUGAAAGGCACUGACGUCAGAUUCAUUCCUUUUAUGGCGACGGAGGUUAUUGUGUACUUCGGCGAUUCUGGACGGAAGACGAGGUGGUGGAUAGCGAAGGAUUUGCUCUCUGGGGAGCUGGACGACAUAAGUCGACGGAGGCGGCGGCACUGGCUUGGAAUUAGGCUCCGGUUUCGGAGGCUGAGGUGCGUCGCCAGAGUUCUGCUCUGUGGAUGA